UUGACUGGGAACCUUCGUAAGCUCAGGUGUGCCUUUCUGCGCCUUGUAUGUUUUAAAUAUCUUUGGGCUCUUCUCUGCUGCUUUUGUUACUGGAAGAAGGGAGCGACUGCAAGGAAUUUUACGUGAGGUGCUUUCUGCAAAUUUCUCACCUGGACGCUGAGGAGGCAAGCAGGAUGGACUUCCCUUACUUUUGGCUUCUCACCUCAACUCUGAUGUUGAUCCAUCAGCACCAAGCCUCUUCCUUCUCUGUUACGAGCCCCACAGCGGAGGAGGGCCCCGUGGAGCAGCUCCCCCACACGGCCCACCGGCGAGAGAAGCGCUGUUCCUGCGAGAACCAGAAAGACAAGGAGUGUAUUUUCUUCUGCCACAUUGGCAUCGUCUGGGUCAACACCCCGAGCCAUGUGGUUCCUUAUGGAUUUGGUCCGGUCCGCCUCAGAAGGGAACUCGGCCGCUGCUUCUGCACAGACGCACAGGACGCCGAGUGUUUGAGCUUCUGCUCCGUCCCGACGCCGGCAGAAGGGGAAAACGCUGCAGCGAAGAGGACGACUGAGACACGGCUGAAGAGAUACAGAGCUGCAUUCUGGGAAAAAAGGAGCCGACACGCACUCAAACACCAGACCUGAGAGAGAGGAGGCACGAUGGAGGUCCUUCACGCAUCAGAAAUAACCAAAUGGACCCUUUAGUUUGUCUUUCUACCUGAUGCCGGUUUGGACGUGUACAGUGUGGGUGUGUUAUGUAAAGUUAACGAUGGGGAAGUAUUAGGAUAGGCGUGCUGACCACUGACAAGCUCAUCUUUAUAACAUUCGGCUGAUGACACACAGUCGAACCUGUGAACUUUCUGUUACCGAUGAUCUCAGCUGAUUUGUAGCACUGAGGGACGGAAAACAUUUCAGCUGCGACCAGAAGUUACACAGCCAGAAAGGUUUUGGUGUUAUAUAUUAUAAAUUCUUCCUGUAAAGUGUCGGCG